UUUACUGAUACGUACGUUUUCGUGGACUCUGAUUAUUUAUUUUGUUUUCCUGUCUUUUGUAAAAAUAAAUAUAAAUUCAAUUAGUAGCGACGUUCGCAUUUACGUAGAUAGCUGCAAGUACUGUUCUGGAUUGAUCCUGCACUAGUGCCAUAGUGCUAUUAGUUUUAAUCAACCAUUGUUGUUUGAUAUUCUUUGUUAUUUGAGAUAUCCGAUUAUUGUGAUUCAUCUGCGCAUCACAAUGCCUAUUUUAUUUAGUGUGGUGGCCCGAGGCACAGUGGUUUUGGCCAAAUUUGCCUCGUGUGCAGGGAAUUUCACGGAAGUCACGGAACAAAUAUUGUCGAAAAUUCCGCCCCACGAUGAUAAAUUAACGUACUCUCAUGGGAAUUAUUUAUUUCAUUAUAUUGCUGAAAACAAACUGGUGUACUUCUGCAUCACUGAUGAUAAAUUCCAACGUUCGAGAGCAUUCCUCUUCCUCAAUGAGAUCAAACGAAGGUUCACUGCAGCUUUUGCUGAAACGGCCCAGACUGCUAUCCCUUAUGCUAUGAACGGCGAAUUUGCAAGAGUCCUGGCCGCUGAAAUGAAACACUACACAGAGUCUGGGGAUCUCAACACUAUAUCUACGAUAUAUGGAGAAUUGGAUGAACUGAAAAACAUCAUGGUUAAAAAUAUAGACAAUAUGGCGACUCGGGGCGAAAAGUUAGAGCUGCUUAUCAACAAAGCUGAUAACUUGGCCACAAAUUCUGUUUCGUUCAACGGCACCGCGCGGACGUUACAGCGCAACCUCUUCUGGAAGAACAUCAAAAUGUACGUGAUCAUGGCGCUCGUGGCCGCCCUGGCCGUCUACUUCAUCGGCGCCAUGGCGUGCGGCGGCCUGGCGUGGAAAUCAUGCGUCGGUUAGACUUUACUUUAUGAGAAUAAUAAAAUAAGGCGUAUAGAAAGAUCCAGGCGUCAUAUUAAACUGCAUUGUGGAACCAAAAUCAACGUUCGAGUCGUAAAUCGUUAAGCCGGCCGUCUUACUCGCACCCGCUGUCUCUAAUGAGGUGUGUCAGCUUUCUCAUUUUUUUCGCUAUAUGGGAAUAAUAAAAUAAGGCGUAUAGAGGCAACGAUCCAGGUGUCAUAUAAAACUGCAUUGUGGAACCAAAAUAAACGUUCUUGCAGAGUCGUAUAUCAUUAAGCCGGCCGUCUCACUCGCACUCGCUGUUUCUAAUGUUGUGUGUCGCAGCUUUCUCAUUUUUAUUUUCACUAAAACCAACGCACCAAUGGUUUUGACCUCACAAUAAAAAGAACGGUACCAAUUGACGUCAUAGGAUCAUUCAUAUAAACUUCAUACUGAAAAAUCGAUUUGACAUUUCGAAUAAAGUAGCUAACUAAUUUAUGUCGCCAGUCCAAUUCCCUGUUGAUAGAUGACGAAGGCUUUAUUCCGUGAUAAUAUACCUAACUAUAGUUUGUCAAAGGGCUGUCUCAUUUCAAUCAUAGACAGAGAGAAUCAUACUACAUAUCUUUGUCUUACACUAGUACUAGAACCCAAAAGAAAAGUAUAGUUUUCCUGGUUCUUACUGACUGACAAAUUGGUUUGAAAAAAAAAAGAAUAGAAACUGCAUCGUACUAGUCUUUCAAACGGAUAAUUAUUCGCAUGAAACGCGAUGGUAAUUUAACUAAUUUAUCAGAUUACUAGUAAUUUCAGGACACAUUUACCGGUUCGCAUUUCCUAUUCGUUUAAUGGCUUGCAAUGAAAUUAUUACCUCGGUUAUCAUGUUUUUAACAUUCUUUUUUAACCUUGGGUUACACUACACAUUAGAGUACCUAACCUAAGGUUAUAUUUAAAUGCAAUUGGUAGUUUGCAGUUCUAUUUGUCACACAGGUUUUAUUAUGUAUGUAUUUAGCGUUUCGUCGAAGUUUUUAGCCUAAACAUGCAUGUCGAUAAGGGUAUUUAAUUCGAACCAUCAUAGAAAGUAUCGCCGCACACUAGUUACGAAUUAUUUAAAAAAAUACGAUUCUCUUCCCAGGGUCACUCAGUUACAGACACUUAAAACAUCGUUAUUGAGUAAAAUUAAACCUUCUUUGUUAGGUUUAUUGGGAUUAAAUUUUGUUCGCAAAAAUAUAAUCAUAUUUAGGUACUUUAUUCUAAUUAAAUAAAUAUCCACAUUAGAGCAUUCCUGUAUUACUGCAACUACAAAAAACUUGAACGAGUAAUUUUAAUUCCAAAAGUUAUUUUUCUAUAUUUACAUAAAAUUAUUUCACGCUUUUAAAUGAGCAAAAACUUAUAAAAAUAAAUCCAUAAUAGGGUACAUCGCCAAUUAUUAGCCAGUUUUCAAUUACUGGCCACCUAUACUAAAAUGAAUUCUGUGUAUAGGUGAAUAGAACUCAUUUUUGUAAGAGGCGGCCAGUUAUUGAACGAGUGGGUUGUGGAUAAAUUUCAGUUACUGGCCAUUUUCCUUAUACUGAAAAUGAGUUUUAUUUAUCUGUAAAUAGAAUUCAUUUUUGGAAUAGGUGGCCAGUAAUUGAAAACUGGCUAAUAAUUGGAUUUUCGUACCUUAUAUACUAAAAUGAACUUUGUUCACCUAUAAAUAGAAAUCAAAUUAAGUGGCCAGUAAUUGGGGGGUGGCUAGUAAUUGGCGAUGUACCCUAUAUGACGUCUUAAAAUCAUUUAGAAGUUUCAUAAAAAAAGGUUUCCCUGUGAAAAAGGUUUAUGACCCCUGGAUAAACACUAGUAGGAAACAUCGGACCUAUACGCUAAUAUUAUUUAUUAUUCUAUUGGUUAAUGUAAUGCUUAUUAAAAUGACCAACUUGAUUUAGAAAUGAAUUUUGGCCUGUCUUUGUUCACAUUAAAAAACAAAAGUAAGUGUGGUAUUCCAUCUGUCAAAUAUCUUGGUGUGUCAUUGCGUCUCACUCACUCAUUAAGCAACAUGUGAGACAAAAUACACUUUGGACAAAGAAAUUGGACAGGUGGAAUACCACCCUAAGUAACUACUUGAUCUAGCUGUUUUCAAAAACGUAUUAACAUCAGUAAAGGUGCGUCAUAUCAUAUUUAUUUAAACUGCGAAUAAUGCACCAAACAACUAUAUAGACAAUUAGAACUUGGUACCCAAGACAAUUUUGUGAAGUAAAAAGCGAACUCAUUCCUUCACGAACUCGUAAAAACUAAAAAUGUAUAAAGAUUUCACAAGAUUAUAUCGAGUGUUCUGUAAAGAUAAUCUAAAAAAUAAAACUAACUAGAUGAUAGUAACAACAAUCUUAACUAAUAAUUAAUGUGAUGCGUAUAUUGCGUAUUGAUAAACUAGACAGAUUUUUUUAAUUUAUUUUUUUACAUAAAACCAAAUAUUGCACUGUCAAAUCGACUCGCACUGAAGUAAUAAACGUGCAAGAAAGUUACGCGUAAUUUAAAUAUUAUUUUCACUAGAUCAUUUGCUCCGUAAUGUAUAAUAUUUAGUUUAGGCCAAUGUGUGAUUUUAAUGUUAUUGUAUUAAAAAUUAUGUAAAAAUUGAUUACUCACUGAAUUCAACUAAAAUUACACGAGUGACUCAUUGCAUUGAAUAUUUUAGUAUGUGAUUGUGUUUGAAAAGGCGUUUAAUUAGUAAUUUAGAUUUUUUGCUAAAAUGCUUAUAAUGUUUGGAAACUGUCACAUUGAAGAUGUAAAAAUCUCUCAAAUUUUGAAUCAACUUAAGUAUUCGCCUAAAAUUAUUCCGGCACAAUGCUGGUUGACCCUUUAUAAGGCAUAACGAAUUAUGCAAAAUUGGACCGUAUCGCUUUGAAAUAAAGUUUAAAAUCAGGAGGGAAAUAUAUUCCCUCUGUCUUAACUUAAAAUUAAACACGGUUCCAAUGUAAUAAUGUAUGUAAGUCGGAAUUUGUUCGCUAGCGAUGAAAAGACAUGACAACAUAACGUGUUCUCAUUAUAGUGCGACAUAAAAUAGUAGAAAUUAAACAAAAUGGAACUAAAAAAUAUCCAUACUUAAUUAUUUUAUUGCCAUGUUACGUCAAAAAUGUUACAGUUACGUAGGAAGUGGCGCCCUCAAUAAUUUUCUACAAUUGAUUGUCGGACUAUAGUCGUACUUUGAAAGGGUUAUUAUAGGUAUAUAAAACAUAGAUCCAAAGCUACUCCAACAGAAUAUAACUAAUAUAUGCACCUUAUUAUAUUUGUUUUAUAGAGGUUUCCCGAGGUUGACCGAUGUUGAAACGGAUAAAAAAGCUGAGUGAGAGGUCCUAUCGUCGGCGCAGGUAACUGCCCAUUUGUGAACCUUGUUCCACCGUGAUAAGGCUCACGAAUGGUGGAUGACUAGCCAAGUCUGUUGGUGUUCUAUUACCGAUAUCCUUUUAUUACAAAUACCAUGGUUUCGUUCAAAUGCCCGCUUUUCAUAUGGUACGUUGGCGAUAGGGCCUAACUUAGGGAUAGGGGUAGCCACUACAGCAAGGUGUAUGUAGUGUGUAGUGUUAAAGUUUGAUGGUGGAUGGUGCCCACCAUGUGCAGCUUUUUAGCGAUUCUGUAACUUGUCAUGAUGAUUUGGCAUCAAUCAUUGAAUAAUACACCACAUAUUUGAUAGACAUCCGUUAUUAAUAGCAGCCAAACGCAGCCUUUCAAUAUCGGUUAACCCUUACGAUAAAAAUAACCUUCGUAAAGCUGUUAAAAGCAUCCCUGAAAUUAAAGCCAAAUUAAUUUCGCUUAUAAAAUAGUCAUAAACCGUCUUAGAUAAAAAAUAAAUAGCAUAUCGGUACAUAAAAUAAGAUAUAAAUCAACUACUUAGUCCUUUGACCGCUAAGACGGUCACAGACGCACAUGGUUAAAAUGUCCUAUUAACUCUCAUUAAAUGCAAUAUUUUUUACGAUGGCGCGUUAUAUUUAAGGCAUGGCGUUCAAAGGAUUAAGGGCCAGUUGCACCAACUACAUUUGACGGACUGAUCAACGUCAGCCGGCGCGCCCCGGCGCUUUACUAUGAAACUUUCCAUACAUACAAAUUUAGCGAACUCUUUAACGAUACGAACAGUUUGGUGCAACCGACCCUAAGUAGUAAGUGAAUGAAAAAUAAAAAUGUAACACUUAAACAGACUUAUACUAAACUACUAUGGAAGCACUACAGAUAAUCGGCUGAGUUAAGUAGUAGGCCUAUCAUAAAUUCAAAUUAUUAUAAUGUACCUAUGGAUUAGUGUUGUGAGACUUAUAUCGACCGGGAUAUGGACCGUGAUUACCUUUUGUAUUGUUUUCGAGCUCCCGAUAUUUCGACACAGUUACAUGCAUCUUGUUCACGGGUAACUGAAGAUAUCGGGUCGAUGUAAGUCUAGUGAAACUAACCGUGAAUCAUUCAAAACUGUUAAUGCUGUGAGCUUGUGAAUAAUUUGGCGCUGUUUAAUUUUUUAUAUCAGAUCAAUUUUAUUCCAAAUUGUAUAAUUAUGUUUGAAUAGACUAUAAAGUAUUGUGAUAUCAAGUAUAUGUUAUAAGUAAAGAUGACUUGUUUAAAUUGUAAAAAUAUGUUAUAAACUUGUAUAGGUUA